AUGCCUCACUCCAAGUUGCCCCCCUGCCACCCUCGUCAGUUUGCAAUCACUCACGACAACAACACGAUACUCUCUACAGCCCACGGUCUCGGCGCUGACAACGUGCCGGCGCACGAGGAGGGUGCCGGCGCUGCGGGUGGUGACGCUCCCGUUGCCGGCGAUUCGUACGCCAGCGUCGGCGUCGGCUCGCAUGCUACCAACGUGCCUGGCGGCGAGCAUGGCAACGUUGGCCAGAAGGUCAACGAGAGACCUGCUCAGUAG